UCCUGCCUUUCAAUUGUAAACAAACUGAGAAGGCAACAAGGCGAACACAUCAGAGGCAAAUUUUGCCUAAACCUUUUUUGAGAUUUGAGAGAGCAGAGACGUAGGAUCCAGUGAGUACAUAUCAUGGCGAAGGGAAAACCAGGGUUCUUGACCCCUAAGGCGAUUGCUAAUCGCAUCAAAGCCAAGGGACUGCAGAAGCUGCGCUGGUACUGUCAGAUGUGUCAAAAGCAGUGCCGAGAUGAGAAUGGCUUCAAGUGUCAUAUGUCCUCGGAGUCGCAUCAGAGACAACUGCUGCUGUUUGCUGAGAAUCCAGACAAGCACAUCGAUGAUUUCUCCAAAGAAUUCCAAGAUGAGUACUUGGAGCUUCUCCGACGCAGGUUCGGCACGAAGCGAGUGAACGCCAACCUUGUGUACCAGGAGUACAUCGCCUUCAGAGAACACGUCCACAUGAACUCCACGCAGUGGGAAACGCUCACUGAGUUUGUCAAGUACAUAGGAAAAGAAGGACUGGUUGUUGCUGACUACACAGAGAAGGGUUGGUUUGUUCAGUACAUUGAUCGCGAUCCAGAGACCAUACGCAGACAAGAGGCCGUCAAAGCAAAGGAAAAGAUGGCUGCCAGUGACGACGAAAAAAUUGCAAAAUUCAUUGAAAAGCAGAUCGAGAGGGCUAAAGAGACAGGCAGUGCGCCAGAGGAAACGGUGUUCACGGAUCUACAGAGAACGGAUGACAGCGAAAAGGUCACUUUUAAUCUGGCCGGAGCCAAGAAGCUGGACACUGUCAUCAAAAAGCCACUGCCGACUUCAGGGGACAACCCUUUGGCAGCAUCGUCAUCUGGGUCAUCAUCAUCAUCAUCAUCGGGAGGGAAGUCACAAAAGUCAAAGGAUUCCAGCAAAGGAGAGAAAAGAAAAGCAAAGACAGCGUUGGAAGAGAUUAUGGAAGUGGAGGAGUUGAAGAAAGAGAAACAAAAUCGCAAGGACUACUGGCUGUGUCCAGGCAUUGUGGUCAAAGUCAUUCACAAAAGACUCGGAGACAAGUACUACAAGAAGAAAGCUGUAGUAAAAGAGGUGAAGGAUUUGUUCUCUGCAGUCAUCAAAAUGCUGGACAGUGGGGAUAAGCUCAAAGUGGACCAGACCCACGUAGAGACGGUCAUUCCUGGAUUGGGGAAGACGGUGAUGGUGGUGAACGGAGCGUACCGCGGGGAGGAGGCCACGCUCGAGGCCAUGGACGAGAAGCGUUUCUGCUGCUCAGUGGCAAUCAAACAUGGGCCUCUCAAAGGUCGUGUGGUUCCUGGUGUUCAGUAUGAGGACAUAUCCAAGCUCUACGCGGACUCAUGACCCUGAUAAUAAAAUACAACAAACGUACGUUCACCGACUUGGAAAAGGAGGCACAGCAAAAUGUACAUUUUUACAGAAGUCCGUUUUUGUGUCGGGAAAUACGUACAGUCAAACCUCAUUGUACACUUAUGCAGUUGCGAGCGCUGUAAAACCUUAUUAAAACAAACAAACAAAAGACAUAGAGAUAGACAGAGAGAAGACUCUCAGCUCUGAAUACAUGUGCGUGUUACAUCACUGGCAAAAAGACACGUUUCAAACACAGGUCGCUCAGCAGAAUCCUGUCCCUUGACAUUGGGCAGUCAGGGCUAUACUACAACAGAGGCACCCCUCUGAACCGCCACAGUCAGGGCUGUAUUAUAACAGAGGAACCCCUCUGAACCGCCAGUCGGGGCUGUAUUAUAACAGAGGAACCCCUCUGAACCGCCAGUCGGGGCUGUAUUAUAACAGAGGAACCCCUCUGAACCGCCAGUCGGGGCUGUAUUACAACAGAGGAACCCCUCUGAACCGCCAGCCCCGCUGUUCCGCCAACUUCCUGAUGGUCCCGAGGGUGGCGGUAUAACGAGUAGUGGUUGGCAAAAUCCGGAUAAUCGGAUAUUUCUCAGUGAAACAUUAUCCGAAUUCAGACUCUUAAACUCUCUUGCCUGACCCGUUUGCCGAUGUGGGUGCACCCAUUUGUUGAAGUGGUUCUUCUAACCCAUUUGCCGAAGCGGUUCAUAACACAUUUAAUCUCCAAAGAGGUGCACUAACAUAUUAUGCUGAUUUUGCUAAAGCGACUCAUUGCCCAGCCCUUAUAACGAGGUUUGACUGUACUGUAUUCUCUGUUUUCUAGUGGUACUUGUAGGAAAGUUGUGGACUUUCAAAACUGGAUUUGUGAAUAAUGAUGAGAACUAAACAUAUAAGGCCAA